AUGAAUAAAUAUGAUAUAUAUUUUUGUAUAUUUAUAUUCAUAUUAAUAGAAUGUGUACACUCUCAGGAUAAAAAUUUCUAUAAAACCGAACCUAUUAAUGAAGAAAAUGAAGAAACAAACGAACCAACAGAUAUAACAGAACAUACUGAUGAAAGUACUCAUCCAUCAAUUGUUUUAGGUUAUGAUAAUUAUGUUCCACAACCUACUACACAUCAAUCAGAAUACCCAAUUGAUUAUGAACAACAUGUAUAUGAACAAUAUUUUUAUGAUUAUGGAGCUAGUGGUUAUUAUACUGGUUAUGAACAGGAACCUAGUCAACCAGUUAAUAUACCACCACCUGAACAACCUACAGAACCAGAACCAAGUUAUCAACCUACUCAACAAUAUUAUCCUGAACCAUAUCAACAGUAUCAAGGAUAUCUUCCAUAUCAACCUUAUAAAGAUGGAGAAUAUAACCAGUUUCCAAUUACUCAUCUGGAAUAUAUGCCUUAUUAUAUUCCAGAACAAGAGCCAAUAUUCUAUUAUGUUCCAACUUCUGAAUUUCCAAAUCAACCACAACAGAUUCCAUUACCAGAAACAGUACCAGAUAUUUAUAAUCCACAACACAUUUUACAACCUAGUGGUUAUCAACAUUUCGAACCUACUGAAUCACAACCUCAGGAGCCUAUAACUGAAUCUGGACCUAGUGAAUCUGGACCUAGUGAAUCUGAACCUACUGAUGAUGAAGAAAAUAAUUUCGAUACAAUAGUUAAGGAAUUAGAAAAAUUAAUUGAUGAUGAUGAAACAGAUGAUCAAGCAGAUGAUCCAACAGUAGAAUCUGUUGAAUAUGGUAAUACUAAUACUGAUGGAAAUGACAGUGAAGAUGAAAAUUUCGAAGUAAAAGAGAAUGAUGAAGAAUCUACUGUACCUGAACUAUCUAAAGAAGAAUCUUCAGUUGAAAAAUAUACUGGUGACCCUAAAGAUAAAACUGUAUAUGGAAUUGCUGAUCCAGUCAAAGAAUGUAAGAAAAUUAAUCUUUUUAAAAGAGAUAGUUGUGGACAUUUUGUGUCAAUGGUAUGGCCUGGAGAAUUUGAAAAAAUUGAAGAUCGUUAUAUUAUAAAAUGGAAGAAUUUCAAUCAUCUGGAAGCUGUAAGAUGUGAUGAUAGUUUCGUAUGGAAACGUGGUCCAAGUGAACCACGUCCAGUAUCAUUGGCAUAUCAUAAAACUGAUUCUUGUUUUAUUUUUGGAUAUGAAAGUGAAUUUGUCUUAAUAAAAUGGAUAAAAGUUAAAUGGUCAAAAAAAGCGAGAAAAUUACCAGAAUAUAUUAAAUUUUACACUAUAGAUUCAGAAGGAAAUGAUGUUGAACUUACACGUAAUGAUUAUACAGUUGAAGUAAAUAUUAAAAAAAACAUUAGAUAUAAAUUAAAUGAUUGUAAAUGUACUAAGAUUAUAGUUAGAAAUAUGGUGGUUUGGGAAAAUAAAUAUGAUAAUAAUUAUCCCACAUCAGUAAUGUAUAUUUUAAGCACAAAUGUUUUGAUAUUUUUUAAUAAUGUUAUUCUUUCAUUUGGAAAAAGACAUGGUAAAUAUGUAUUAAUGAAAACAAUUAACAAAUAA